GAGUUCCCCUUCUGAAGUCGACCGGCUGAAGAAGGAGAAGGAAGAAAUGGCACUCAUCCUGAGGAGCCAGGCUGAUGAGCUGAUCCGGCUGUCUGGGCUGGCCGGGGCAAUGAAGACUGAGAUCUCCCAACUGAAGGAGGAGAAUGGCCGGCUGCUGGACGAGGUCUCUGAAGCAAAAAGAGAGAUGGCGGAGAAGGAAGAAAACUUCCCCGGGCGCGCAGCCGCCUGGGUUGAAGAAAACAAGGCCGAAGCUGCCCGGGUUCUGACGGCGAGUCCAGAAGCUACCAUGGAAUCCUUCAGGCUUCUAUACCGGGAGCCUGAAGGAAGGAAGAUGAUUACCGCUGUCGGAUCUUUCGGAUUCAAGUGCGGGCAAAAGAAAGACCGGGCAGCUUCCCACCGGAUCCUCCUGAAGAGAGACCCGGCCUUCACUGCGGCUUCCUACGGCCUGGCUCCCAUCCUAGAGGAAGAGCCUACUCCCCCUUUCCCCUUAGAUUAGGAUCUCCCCGGCCUAGACCGGUUGUCCUUUAUAAAACUUCUCAACUUGAAAUUUCCCCGGGGAUGCCCGGUGUAGCUGUAAACACUUAACAAUUUUAUUUUACUUGAAUUCCAUGUUUAAUUUUCAUACCGGUUAAUCUUCCAUAUCUGCUUGCUUGUUGACCUAUACUUUGCUCUUGCUUCUUAAAAUUCCAUCAUAGAAAUUCUGACCGGUACAUAAAUUAGGCCACUUCUC